CUGUGUACCCUUCCCUCGGUCCUGGUUGGGGGAGGGGGGUAGGGGGCACUUCUUCUUUGUGUCCCUCGCACCGCUAGUGUGGGGUACUUUGUCGCGGUACAGGAGGUGUAAAACCGGCGUAUGGGGUGGAUGAACAAGCUGCAUGCACGCAUCGCUGAAAAAAAUAGAUUCGGAGAAAAUUUUCGAAACCGUCAUUUACACAAAGUCCGUUGUUUACUUGCCCUGCACAUUUAAAAUCACAGAUUUUAAAAAUGAGACUGUUUGUUUGUUUUUAUUUCCAACUACUGUUAAAGACUAACAACUUGUUUUUUUUAAAAAUCCGAAACAUUUUGAAGGUGGGGCGGCAAGUUUCCAUAUUAGCAUGAAGGCAGGCUAGGCAUUCCUACUAUGUUCAGAGAAUAUCUCGCCAUCGUUAUGAAAAUAUUAUAUGCCAAUGCGUAAAUUGCCCUGUAAUUUGAUAUAUGAACGAGUCCAAAAUAUGUUUCGCCAAGUGAAAAUUUCGCGCUUUGGUUCCAAAUUGCGUUGGUUUUUUUUUCAUGCUGGCUACAGUAAACUGUUUCAAAAGACGCAGGUCUACAAAUUUUCUCCGCUGGUUUUUAUCGAAAUUCAGUUAAUGUCACAACAUAAUAUUGUCAAAUCAAAUUCUGUUCCAUACCCAAAGGACAAUAGAGAGAAGUUUCGUUUCGUCGAAAGUAUGGUGCACUCCCUUUCUCAACAAGUUGACCAAUCAGAUAAGUCAGCAAUGUUGGUACGUCAUAGAGCAUCCCCAGAAGGCUCGGACCCACUCCAUUUAACUGUGUUGUGUUGUGAUACUAUGUAACGUUUGCUUCGCAUCCAUUCGCAACGUCGACAGCUCUGGACAGUUAUCACAAGGCAUCACUCGUUGAAUGAAUGAUUAACGAAUGAAAAACGAUGGUUUUUACCUGGGGCGAUUUAGAGAAGUGUUUGGGCGAUAUCCGGGACCAGGGCAGAGUGGCAAGGGAAUCUUAUGACCAAGAAUUUGAUCUUCAUCAUGAUCAUCUGAAUGCAGCUUUGGAAGAAGUAAAGAAUGGAACAGCUCAGCGUCGAGGUCCAUUAGUUUCUAAAACCCCAGGAAAGAAGAAGGCUCCUUUGACAACAGUUUCUGAAAAUGCACCAUCGACAUCAAUCCUCGAUGAUGAACAACUUAUUGAAUGCAGCUCUGAAGUUAAGGUUGUCAAAAGAGGACGGGGACGGCCUAAAAAGGUUCCUUCGGUGUCUUAUAAUAAACGAAUAAGUGAAGACCAGAUUGAGUCAACAUCCAAACGCAUUUGUGCUACUUCAACCAUAAGUACGGAUAGCGGUUUAUCAACUGGAAGUCAGAAUAUGUGUAAUAAUAGCACAAUCAGCGUUACUGUGAAAGAAGAAGCUCCCACACCUGGGAACACUGAUUUGGAAUUAAAAGUUGCUUCAGUUGAUAAGGCAGGACUCACCACAGUUGUCAGCACAACACCAAAAUCUUAUUCAGAGCGCUCAAGUUCUGUUCCAGGUCGAAAGAGCUCACAGAAAUUGAGAACUUGGGUUGUGAAAAAUGAACCACAAUCAGCUCAAAGUUCUAUGUAUGGAACUCCAACUGACCAGGAUAGUGCACAGCUGGAGAUAAAAGCUCAGAUUGAUGACGGCUCACAAAUUUUACCUGCUCAAACAAAAAGGUCUAAUGUGCCUAGCACUGGUCAACCUAAUACUCCAUCCAUUUCACCUGUAGCAAAAACACCCACAAGGGUUUAUUCAAGUGCUAAACCUUGUAGCCUCGUAAAGGCACCUGAGGAAGAAAUAAUUUCUUCAAAGGGUGAGGACUCAUUCUCAAACACCCCAGUAUCCCAACAAGUGACUUUAAAUAACAUCACAAUGAAUGAUACUUCUUAUCUCCAUGAUCAAGAUAAAGUUAUGAAAACACCAUUAACCUCAAGUAUAUUCUUGAAACCUUUCGCCAGUGCUAGUCGGAUUCCUCAACUAUUCAUGAAUGCAGCAUCACCUUUUGUAAAUCGUUUUAUUCCAUUGACACCUUCUUUUCAAAGAAGUAAUUCUUUCACGGCUUCUGGUUCAACCAACAUCAUUUCAACGGUUCAAUCCUUUUUGCCAAAGCCAGCAUUAGAUCAUGAGGUGAACAGGUCUACAAGCAGAAAAGAGGAUAUCCAAAAUUUGGCUGCUAAAGCUGAAGCAGCCAGGAAAAAAAAGGAAGAAAUAAUGAGAGCAAGAAUGGAAGAAAAAACAAGAAUACGUGAAGAGAAAAGAUUAAAAGUUAUAGCACAACGUGAAGCUAAAGAAAAAGAAAGGCUUGAAAAUCAGAAGAAAAUAGAAGAAAUAAAGGAAGCAAGGCAGAAACAAAUUCAAGCAGAGAGAGAGGAAAAGAUUAAGCAAGAAAAUCUUAAAAAGAAACAGUUGGCUGAAAGAAAAGCUGCUGAAAACGAGGAGAGAAGGCGUCAAGAAGAGGAAGCAAAACUUGCCAAGCUCAAACAGCAGGAGGAAGAGUUAGAACAAGCUGCUGCUGCCCGAAGGAGGGAACAAGAAGAAGCUCUCCAAAAACGAAAGGAACGCCAGCAGCAGGAACAUGAAGCAUCUGUACUUAGGGCCAAGGAAGCAGAGGCUAGGGCAAAACAAGCUCAUUUAAAGUCUCAACUUGAGCAGGCCUCUGUACCUCAAUCCUUAGCAAAGAAGAAGCCACAUUCAAAGUCAAAGGCAAAUAAUUAUUGUAUUGAUGAUGCUGGCACAGAUGAUUCAAGUGAGGAUGAAGCUAAACCUAAAAAAGCUAUUCCUCUUUGGGCCCAAUCUAAACAACGAUUACCUAAACUUUUGGAAGAUCACAAUAUCAGUCAAUCUCAGAUUUUCAUGUUUUUUGGCACGAGAAAAAGUACUCCAGACUUGGGGAAAAUAUUCCUUGACAUUGAUCGCAGAAGACUGUUGCGAAAGUCAAGUGCUGUAUGGCGUACUCCUCCCAAGGAAAACUCCUGAACAUGGUCAUGCUUUUUAUAUCUUCCUUUUUUAGUAAAUACUCAAUAGGUGACCAGUCAUUAAAUUUUUCUACUAGUCCAUCUUAAAUUUUUUUAAUAAAUAAUUUUAAAAUUGUUAAUAAUUGGAAUAAAUCUUAAGCUAUGAUAGGUAACUUAA